AUGGAGGAGAUGAGAGCCAUGGGUACGCAGGUUGGCCAGCUCGCUGAGAAGGUAGAUCAUCUAGCGUUUGCAAGUGACUACGAGACAUAUCUAAACCAGAUUUCAGAAAGGGGGGUUGAGGUAGACAAGGCCAAGAUUGAAGUGAUGAAUGGAUUAUCUCCACCAAAGACGGUUAAGGACAUUAGAAGCUUCCUUGGUCAUGCUGGAUUCUAUAGAAGAUUCAUCCAAGACUUCUCAAUGAUAGCUAGGCCAAUGACUAAGCUUUUAUUCAAAGAAGCUGCAUUCAACUUUGAUUGGAAAUGUCUUGAAGCAUUCAAGAAGUUGAAAGACAAGCUGGUUAGUGCCCCCAUUGUCCAGCCACCAGAUUGGGAUCUCCCCUUUGAGAUCAUGUGUGAUGCUAGUGACUAUGCUGUGUGA